AUGAAAUGGAAUACUAAGACUAAAUUUCAAACCAGUUUUGAAAGUGGCCUAACAAAUUAUUUUAAUUCUUUGUAUGAUUGCAAAAGAGCUGAAUAUGUAGCGACGGAAGCUCCUAACUACGCUUCAAUUGAAUACGAGUUCUUGAUCUAUCAGAACAAUUGUUUAGAAGACGAAUGUCGUGGUUGUCUAGAAGUAAACUGGUACGAAUGA